GUUGCUUGAUGCUGGUCCUUUUUUUUAGUGGAGUUUUCCUAAUUUUCCCUAUUAAAUAAAUUUUUCCCUUCAAAGAUGAAUCUUUUAAUUGCCGGAAAUCGAGCUACGAGAUCUAUUAGAUUACCGGAAUUCGAAAAAGAACCGUGAACAUGCACUCGGUCCGGAGAUUUUUGCGAUAACAUUUUUCCAAAAAAUGAAUUCUACAACGAAAAGUGGUAAACUCUCACAAGAGACUGAAGCAUCCCCACAAACCCCAAAUUCAUCCCCCCUAGCAGGUCCGGGACCUGGAGGACACAAGCCUUCGUUCAAGAACAAUAAACUAGCACGCAGAGCUCGCUCUUUUAAGGACGAUUUUCUUGGCAAAAUAUCUCAAAUGAGGAGUCCAGGUUCAUCAAGCACGCUCGGACAAAGGGCCCAAAGCCCUAAGGGACUUGUCAAGGGAUCUCCGAUAGCUUCAGAAAAAUGCACAGAAGGGAAGGGGCCAAUUCAAGAACUAGAAUCGUGGAAGAAACAAACGGAAUUAGCUUUAAAACAUUUGAGGGAUGUUGUAACAAAAAACAAACUGGAAAUGUUGCCAGGAAAUGGAACAAUAAUCUUGGACACUAUAUGGUCAAUAAAUUUAUCAAUAAAAUCAUCGGUGAACAACGAUAAGAGCAGUACCCUAGCCUCGGCGACGAAUAGAGUUUACCAAUCUGUAGCAAGACUGAUUAAAUUGUGUGAUGACGCUCUUUUAGACGACCAAAGUUCAGAAUUAAAAAAGGAAAACGUUAAUGAAAUUGUAGCACAAGUUGAAGAUGCAGUUAAGAAUCUAAUAGAAUUAGCGCAAGAAAAAAUCAAUCAGCAACAGUUGACAGCAUAUAAAACAACACCUAGGACGUCAUUUACUAAUUGCAAUUUGGAAACGCAGUCACAACGAAAUUCACUACCAGAUAUACCAUUAACACCAAGGGAAAGGGAAAUUUUAGCACAAACCUCAAAUAUACCUAUAAGAAAUAGUCACAGCACAGAAAGUAUUUUAAGAGACCCAGAAAGUCCACCUCCAAAACCACCUUUACCUGUCCAUUUAAGGAACAAGUCAGACUCUAGCAGUUGUGUUACUCCUCCACCUUUACCACCAAAGAAAAAGAACCAAAGGCAACAACAUGUUACUGAUAACGAUUGCCAGAGUGUUGACAGUUCGCCAAUAUGUAGUAGCUUGGAAAGGGUGUCCAUAAGAUCAAAAUCCCCAGAAGGCUCUAUAUCAUUACUCUCAGAAGGCACUGGCAGUAUUGAUUCAAUGCUGAACCAAUCAUCCAAGGAAGAAGAUGAAAUUAAAGUUUUGAUGGAGUGCGACCAGGAUAUGUUGUUGGAUAAUCAUACAACUGAUAUUUUUGGAAUAGGUUCUAAUUCUUGGGAGGAAUCCUCACUAAGUUCUGGAAUUUCAAAUCAUCAUCUGGAUUUGCAUACGUCAGUCAAUGAUUAUCAUCGAUUAUCGAACACUGACUCUGGAAUAGUGUCUAUAAGGUCGUCGAGUUAUUCAAAGAGGAGUUCGCAACAGAGUUCUGUGAGUGCCCAAUUUUCCUCAACGCGUCCUUCAGCCGAAAACAUCCCGGACAGUCCGUCAACUGUAGUGAAAAAUUUCAGCCAAAAAUCAUCAAGUUCCAGUUCGACAUUGGUUGUAUCAAAUAGUACUCAUUCCAUUGUAUCAGGGCGGCAACAGGGCUACGAAAUGGCAACAUCUGAACUGCCGCCCGCCAUUCCUCAAAAGACUAAACGAAAGACUGAACACAGGCAGCCUAGUCCCUAUGAUAAUGUGCCAGAAUUUGAUCAUUCAUUGGAUGAUAAUUUGCAAGCUGAAGUCCUAGUAAGUUGCCACCACCAUCAGCAAAACCACAGCCACGUUACCAGUAUUAUUUCAAACAAUUCCUCUAACAUGAAUUCUGGCUCCGAUGAGCUGGACGAUGUGAAACCUCCACCGUUACCACCUAAAAAGAAGCACAUUAUGGCCUAUAUGGAAAUGUUUGGAAACUGCUCUCAUACCAACGACUCAGAAUUCAUGCGUCAUUCAGUACACAUGGUCCAGUCCCAAUGGGGUAACCCGUCAAUGACCAGCCUAGCAACUGCGCAAAGCUGCUCUUUUAGUCAUUCUUCGGUGCAUAGUGCAAGCAGAAACGCUCAGGGACAGAUGCUCUGUUUACCCUCACAUUCCAGCAUUGAAAGAGGGCCAUCUCCUUUACAUUCCCCUAAUGCAACCCUUUCUUCUUCGUCGAGUAAUAGUUCUGUUGUUCCUCCAUUGCCACCCAAACAAAAAACACGGAAGUCGUCUUGCAAGUCUCCACCACCCACUCCAACUUCAGUGGUUUUCCUGCAGGAACCAAAAAAUGCGAGUUUGACUCCAUCACCUAAUCAGAUGAAGAGUUUGCCUGAUCUUUUGGAACAUACUACUGUUGGGAAAGGGAGUGAAGAGAAAUCUGAAACAGCUGAGCCAAACAUAAAUGAAUCGGAUUUAAUGGAAAAGUUGAAUGUGGAUGAUAAUUUAAUAUUUAAGAAAACUGACGAAGAAGGUCCUGAAAUUCGAGGUGGAAGUAUAGAUGCUCUUAUAAUACAAGCAACGAAGGCAACCAAAAAUGGAGUUUUCGCAUACCAAGAAGCUUUCCUAACAACGUAUCGCACUUUUAUUACACCUUUCGAUUUGAUAACCAAGUUGAUAAGACGUUACAACCAUUUCUAUUAUCAGCAAGAUAAGAAACCACGAUCAAGGGAAGCUUUUGCGUUAAUCGUCAGAGUCGUUAGUGAUUUGACAAGCUUAGACUUGGAUGAAAAACUUACCACUAAAUUAAUGAACUUUGUGCAGCACUUGAUUUCUUGUGGGGAGCUUAUUUUAGCUAAAGCGCUUAGGGUUAAGUUGUUAGAAAGACACAAGGCUAAGCAAAAAGCUAUAAGGUACACCCAUAUUAUUAGCAGUUUAACGCUAAGUGCAAGAAACUCCACUUUAAUGGAUUUUAAAUCUGAACAAAUAGCUGAACAAAUGACUCUGCUUGAUGCGGAACUAUUUAUGAAAAUCGAGAUACCUGAAGUGUUAAUUUGGGCCCAAGAACAAAACGAAGAAAGGAGUCCGAAUUUGACUAGGUUCACUGAACAUUUUAAUAAAAUGUCUUAUUGGGCCAGAACAAAAAUCCUCACUGCCGAAACCAAAGAUAUCCGUGAGAAAUAUUUCAUGAAAUUCAUUAAAAUCAUGAAACACUUACGGAAAAUCAACAAUUUCAAUUCGUACCUGGCGCUUUUGAGUGCACUGGAUUCAGCCCCCGUGAGGCGACUGGAAUGGCAAAAACACGUCCAAGAAGGACUGAAGGAAUAUUGUGCCCUUAUCGAUAGCAGUUCCAGUUUUAGGGCUUAUCGGAUGGCUUUGGCCGAAACGAUUCCACCGUGUAUACCUUACAUAGGAUUAGUGUUACAAGAUUUGACGUUUGUACAUAUAGGAAACACCAAUCUAUUACCUAACGGUGCAAUAAAUUUCUCGAAGAGAUGGCAACAAUUCAAUAUUGUCGAGAAUAUGAAGAAAUUUAAAAAUGAAACAUACCAAUUCAAAAAGAACGAAAAAAUAAUUCAAUUUUUCCAAAAUUUCGAUGAUUGCAUCGGAGAGGACGCAAUGUGGAAACUGUCGGAAAAAAUCAAACCCAGAGGUGGCAAGAAAACGUACUAGGAAAGUGAAUGUGGAAAAUUAUUUAUUUAAUUACUUAUUUGAAUUGCUUUUGAAGCUAAGGUAUCUGGAUUUUACAUCCCAACUAAAAAAGCAAUACAAUAAUCGAUUUUGUGCAAUUAUUUAUUCUAGUUUAAGCUUGAAAGAAUCUAGCGAUCUUAUACAGAAGGGUAUAAACAAGAUAAUUUAGCGAAAACAAAAUCCAAACAGUUGGAUUUAUUUAAGUCUGAAAUAGUAGAAUUGUAUAACUAGAGUUUGAUGGACUUAAAGUAGACACUCGGUACUGUGAUCUUAUUUAUUCACAGUAAUAAUUAAAGAAUAACGAAAAAUAAGAGUAAUAGAAUAACCAUUUCAUUAUUUUUUUUAUAGCUAUGGUUAAUUUUUUGUAUAUUAAACUUCUUCUGAGAGCCUUGCGGAACUGGAAAGUCCGUCAUGUCAAUAAAAAUAAAGUUCAACAAAAAAGCAAUAUGAUGAAAAUUGGUGAAAAACAAUUAUUAAAACUAAACAUGUAUCUCACCACUGGGCAAAUAUAUCUUGGUGAUCUCAUAGAGAUUUGCAUACAAAAAUUUCAAGAUCAUCAGCAUGGGGUUCUUAUUUUCACAAGCUGUUUCCUUUUAGUAAGAUAACUCGCAAUUAUUUAUUAUUUAAUAUUAUAAUGUUGUGGAAAAAAGCUACAAUACGUGUUAAGUUCCUGGGUGCUAUUCACGUAAAAGGUGAUACAUUUUUGCAUUUCCAUAGACUCACGAAGAAAAACAGUGGUAUUUAUGUAAUAGUUUCGAAUGAUGCAGGAGUCGAAGAGAAAAUGAAGAUAAGAAAAGCUUGGGAAAGAGUUUUGGCUGCAAACAAGCCAAUCAAAACUUACACACGUGUUUGCUCAAAACAUUUCACCAACAAUUGAGCACUGACAAUAAAAGGGGAAUUUUUGGAAUAACUGAAGGUGAAUGAACUGAUAAGAUUGUCGACUUAGGCUAUUGUUAUAGAAAAAAAAUAGCUAUUUAUAUUAAGGCUUACUAGAAAUAGAACAAUUAUGCUAAAGUUUUCUCCAAAACGGUGACAGAGGGCGAAACAAAUUUUAGAUCACUGUACAGAUGAUAGGUAUCUGGAAAAGGCUCUUUUUCAGCUGUGAUGAUGGAGCGUCCGAGACUGUUCGGUAUUGCGGUGCCUUCCGUUGUUUUGCCUCCAAAGCAUGGGGAUUGAGUCUAGUUGCUACAUUUCAUUUAAUUUUCUUAUCCACCAUUGGUUCUUCAAUACUUGCGUUUGCCUUCGAACUUCUGCUUAUGCUUGCUACUAUUGCCUUUUUUUACAGUUGAGCCAAUAUCGUCUUGAAGGCGUUCUAUGUAAAAUUUGCAUCUGAACUGCUUUUUCAAAGCCAAUUAUUUAGCUUAGAAAUAAGAAAUCGUAUCACUGACUUCAAUAGAACACAUCUAUACAUUCUUCUCCAUAAGCGAAAGGUGUUACCAUUAACUAGAGUUUAUACUAUCGAAUGUCUACUUUAUUGUCAAAAAUCGUAACAAAAUUACCAUCUAUUAUAGCUUAGGCAUACCUAGAGAGAUUGCUUAAAAAUUUAUCACUAGAUUUUUUAAUUUAAAUAAUUCAAUAAUAAUUCAAAUGUAUCCCUCUUCGGAGAUAAGAGUAAAUUCAAAUUGAGUGGUGAAUUUAAUACCUUCUAGUAAAAUUAUUCUAGGUAGUUAGUCUAUGCAUCCAUUCUUCUUUAAUGGUAGUUGAUGUUGAAAGGAAUCUUGUCUGGGUAAAAUACAGGAUAAAUUUCAAUGAUUUAUUUUAAAAAAGGCAAAUUUGUUUCCUCUGCAUAAGGCUAAUUUCUAAUUUUCUAUCCUGUAUUUUUGCCCAUUCCCUUCGGCUUUUUGUAACAAGACUGAUAUACUUGGUGUUUUAACUUAUUGAUAAGUGUGUGGAUAAAGUCCCCCCACUAUUUAAGUGAAAUAGUUUAAGGAAAUAAGUCGCACAUAACAGUUCCCAAAACUGUCAGUAUUUUUUCUUGAUUGACAGUAAACAAUAUGCAAUAUUGAGUGAACAAACAGGCCUAAAAAAAACUUAUGUGUUGUGCAAUUAUUUAUUGUAUUUCUACGCCUAAAAAUAAUAAAGCGGUGGAAUAAAGCAAAACAUAAUUUGGAAGGUAACUUCAACUUGAAAAGAUUAAUAUGCAGCGGUACCAAUUAAAAAAAAUUAUAUCGUGUUGAAAAUAAUUGAAAAUUAUUUUUAAAAAUUGGGUUUUUGCUUUUACAUUAUAGUUACUUCGGUCACACAUCUAUACGACAUGUUGUAGGUAGACAUUUUUGUUCGCGACGCCUAAUAAUAGUUAAUCCCGUCAACAAAAAUAUUAUUUAUAUUCCUACUCAAUAUGCGUUGAAACAUAGUACGAUGAUGCGUUCCGAAGUUAUCAUUUGAGAAAAACCUCGUGGGACACCCUGUAUAUUUUUUUUGAACAAAGUCUGUGACAUGUCGGUUUGAUGUGUGGCAAGCCUUAGGUUUACUAUAAACAAAAAAUGUCUUUCAAUAAUAUAAUAUUAUGGAAAUGCUGCUUUGAUUGUGGUUUACUUUCUUGAGAAGUACAUUGGUAAAUUGGCCUAACCCAAUCAAAACAGUCUAUAUUGAGGUUCCAGUAUUAAAAAAAAAAAACAAGAAAUCUUUUAAACUAAAAUGUCGCGCUUGAAAUUUCACAUCUAGUCAUUGCUAAUCUACGAAAUAAAUUUAAUUAAUAAUUGCUAUUUAUUGAUAUUAUUCUUAUGUGUAUACAUGCUUAAUAUUAGGAACAAAUUGUAUUUACUUUUGAGAUAAUUUACAAUUAAGUCUUAGAUAGACAGUAUCUUUUUAAAAAUUUUAUCGACAAAAUUUGUACAUAUUAUAUUAUUAUACUGGGUGUGCCAACUAUUGUUCAUUUAUUUAUUUAAUUGGAAAAUCAAAUUAUAAAAAUUAAAUUUAGGAAAAAAUUGUUUACUGGCGCACCCUGUAUUUAAGACAUAACUAGUUUUAGAAACACUUUAAUGAAGAAAAUAAAUGUUGUAGUUGUAACAAGUAAAUUUAGUUAUAAAACACAUAGAGUGGCCAACCAUUUUUUCUGCACAAAUAAUGUCCACACAUCUCAGAGUAAUCAUCAUUGCAUAAUCAUAUGAAAGUGUAUGUUUUGCCAGAAGAAAAAUAUAACUGGUUAAAAGUGAUUUUAUAGAAAUUUAGCACCAAGCAGAACCAAAUAUGGUAGGUACACGGUACACUGGGAUAUUUAAAAGAAUAAGUAUAUUUCUUUAUUUAUUAUUUUGGGUCACACUUUUUUGUGUAGGUGACAAGAAAUUACCUAUUUCGAUGCAGCAGCGCAAUCAUGAUAUUUUUAUAGCAAUUUAAAACCAUUUUGUAGCAAGUUACAUAACUUUUCUCGCGAUUGGAUUCAGAAAGAUAUGGUAAACUUUAAACGAGUAGUCCUAAUGCAAACUGAACAAUCAACGUGUGAGAACAAAUUAGGUCAAAAAACCAUAUGAAUAAAAGUAGUUGACCGUGACGCUACAAAACCCAACUGGUGAUUUGCUUAAGUUAAAAACAAAAUGUAGCCAAAAAAAAAAUAUCAGCCAAACAUUUUUUUUUCUUGUCACCUCCAUUGUGAAGUCAAUACAAAAAAAAACAUCAAUAAUAAAAUUACUUUUAUUAAUAAAAAAACUAAGAUAGGUAUAUACUAUAGAGGCCUAACUAAAUUGUAAGCUCCAAAUGUUAGCAUAUAAACGUGAGAAAAGAAAAGUCGGAGUCAGCUGCGAGUGCAUUAGUUUGCUCUUAUGAAUUAGUAUUUAAACGCUAGCUAAUCCGUAAUAAUAUUGUAGAAUAAUUAAAUUAAUUGUUCAUUCAUCGAUUACCUAUGUUGUAUUGUUUCAAUGGGUGAAAACCCUAGAGAUAGCAAAAAUCUGACUCCAAGUAAAAAUUUUGAAAAGUAUUAAAACUGGUAUCUUAGAACCUCCUUGAAUCCACCCCAUCAGUCAAUUCAAUUGCUCUGAUGGCGAUGGUUGUCUCUUAUAAAAGAAAAAUGCUCAAUUUUAAAACGAAUAAAAUUUUCUGAAAGGUUUAUUUCAUCGAAAUAAUUAGAACCGGUUUGCCACCUUGACAUGGCAAAAUCUCGAGUCUGACAGGUGCUAUGUCAAUAUGUAGAACUUGCAUUGAAGAUACUACAGUGUAUGAUACUUCUGAAAUGGAAUUUGAAUUAUUUCAAAACUUGUUGACUCUUUUAUUCCAAAACUCAACUACUCGGGUUUGUGCCAAUUAAAAGUGACAACAAAAGGAUGAACUAGCGCAAAUUGGAGAUUAAAUUUAUUAUUGAAAAUUUACAAAUUUUUUUCGUUUAAUUUUAAGUCCUAGAGGAAAAUGGUGAAAAGGAAAGUUGUUUUACCCGAAAAGCAAUUUAGCACAAACCCCAUUUUGAUAUGUUCAAUCGUUGGGCGUAUCUCGAUUUCGAGCAAUAUUAUCAAAUCUUCACAUUUGUGGACUUUGAGAAAGUAUUUGACUCAAUCCAGCAUAACUCUAUAUUAAAGGCUCUUACAGAGAGCUGUAUUGACCAUUAGUACGCAACUCUUCUUCAGAAUAUUUAUAAAAUAAUGCAA